CAAUCUCUUCGUAAACCAAGUUUCUGCAAAGCGAUCAAUAGUCUGAGGAAAACACGAUGGCUGAGAAGGCGAGCAGUUACUGCAUGAGUGUGAUGGUGUGCGUGAUGGUGUUGUUGGGUGUGGCGAUGAGCGAGCUAACGUGCUGCGAUGUGAAACCUGUGGUGAAAGCAUGCGGUUGUUACGUGAAAAAAGGAGGAAACACGAUCCCUAUAGAUUGUUGCAUGGAGGUGUUAAACCUGAGAAACAAGGUCAUGAACUCUUCCCACAAUCAGAGAAUAGCUUGCCAUUGCCUUCAAGAAGCUGCUAAGAAUGCCACUGAGCCUAUCAACGCCACAGCAUAUGAAAUCGUUCCUUCAAGGUGUGGCGUUAGCUUGCCCUACCAAUUCACCCUCAACAUGGAUUGCGAAGUCAUUGGGGGUUAUAAGCGGCACACAGAGAUGUGAAAUGGGGUUCGUAACGCCAUACAUGCAUAGAGAUGUGAAAUGGUUCUAACAUGUGAGUUAAUCAGACUCAUCAAAUUUAAGCCUGACUUGAAAAAAUAUUUAAUUUGUUUAAAUAUGGAUUAAAUUAAACCUGAUUCAUUUAACCUAGAGACUAAACAAGUUUGAGAUAGAUUGAAAAUGAAUUGAUUUGUAACUCAU